AUGGCUGAGCAUUCAGGUGACGAAGGUGAUUGGGAAGAUGGAGUCAAAAACAAGUACAAGCCACCUGAGAAGCGUACUUUAGAGGAACUUAAGAGUCUGGAUAAGGAAGAUGAAAGCUUGCAGAGGUACAAACAAGCUCUUUUGGGCUCUGCAGUUUCUGGUAUCACUGCUCCAUUCCCAGAUAAUCCUUCAAAUGUGGUUGUUGAGAAGUUCUGUAUACUUGUCGAAGGGCAGCCCGACAUUGUGUUUAAUUUACGAGAUGACCUUUCUGCCCUCAAAUCCAAAUCAAUUCAAAUUGUAGAAGGUUCCAGUUACCGCAUUCAGAUUGAAUAUUAUGUGCAGCGAGAUAUUGUUUGUGGACUUCGUUUCAAACAAUGGACAAGUAGAGGUCCUAUUCGAGUUGACAAAGUAUCCGUUAUGAUUGGAAGUUAUGGUCCUCAAACUCAACCGUAUGUGUGGACAUCUGAACCUGAGGAAGCGCCUAAAGGCACUUUAUCAUGUGGUACCUACAACAUUAAAAGUCAGUUCACUGAUGAUGAUAAAACAAACUACGUCACGUGGGAAUGGUCUAUCAAAGUGGUCAAAUAG